UAACCUAAAGUUAGCUUUUAAUUUCUAGUAAACGCAUUUAGACAUCAAAAUUCAUAAAAGUUGUGUUAAUCUUGUUGGGCAAAACAUUUGUUAAACACAGAGCUUAUUUUUGCGAUAAUUUAAAAGUCUAUGGAAGAAGAAUCGGCUUGACGAGCGCAACUUGAACUUCCGGGUUGGCCUACAAAAAUACGUCAUCCCGCGUCACUCAAUGGAGUGCAUGCAUGAGUUCAGAUUGACUUUAACCACAACGAGCAUGUAACGUUGAUAAAAUACAGUACCUCCAGCAUCUACCGUGAUGUAUGUGACCACCUUCCUGCGGUAUAUGAGGUUUGGUGGUGGAUUUUCUCUUCAGAUUGUUCAGAGGAGGAAUCUCUCUGGAGCAGAUGCCAUUAAUGCUCUGCGACCAUUUUACUUUGCUGUGCACCCUGAUUUGUUUGGCCAGCAUCCAAGAGAGAGAGAAGUGAAUGAAAACUCCCUCAAAAGGCUAAAUGGUUAUCUGGAAAAUCUUCAGAAGCCCGGGGUGAGGUCUCCCAAACCCACGCACCUCACUUUUUAUGUUAGGGACACAAAGGAAAGAACAGAAUCCAAUGACAGUUUGCAAGUUUCAGGAUUUCGUAUAGUGAGCUUCACCCUGCAGUCUAAGGAUGUUUUAAACACGGUGCUGGACGUUCUGAAGUCCUGUAGUCUCUCUGUCGAGCAUAUUCAAGAGAUGAAACAGAGCUCAACAGCACAGCCUGAACCUUCUUUCUAUCGGCCCAUCAAAUGGGACAAGACUUACUACACUUUCACAGGCUUCAGAGAUCCAGAACAGGAGCUAGAACAAGCCAACAAAGUGGAGCCAACACUCAGUUUAUGGCUGAAGAACAAUGAGCCAGAGGCCACAAAGAAACAAAACGCCAGCGUGCCACGCCGUGAGGAGCUAAAGAGACUUAAAAGAGAACUGAUCCAUAAACUUGGCCUGCUGGACAUCAGAUGGCAGCGUAAAUGGGGAGUUGCACACAAAUGCGGUCAGCUUCAGAGUCUGAGUCGUCUUUCCACGCAGAGCCCUGAAGCUCUGCACAACCUGAGAGGACACAUAAUAGUUUUUACUGACCAAUCAGGAAUGAACGCCUCAGGUCAUGUGAUGUUAGGAACAACAGACGUCCACCAUCAGUGGGCAAAGCUCUUUGAAAGAUUACCCAGUUACCACAGUCUGUUACAGCAGUCGGAUUGGUUGAAGGAGCGCAUCAGUCACCUGUUGGGUGGGAUUCUAGUGAUACACAUCGAACGGUUGGGCCCAGCUUUGCCCCUGGAGGAACAUUACAGCACCCUUAACACCUUUCACAAGAGACUAUUGCUCAAACGCCUCUCCGUGCAUCCACGCAGCCUGCAGGGCCUCACCUUGACUCUGGAGAAUGACCGCUCCACCCCCUGCCUCCAUGAGAUGGGGCACUUCAUCAUCCCCACCAUGUGUGACAUCUUACAGCUGCAGAACUUCCUUCAGAGUCAGGCACAGGAGGCUCGCAGACGCACCAGACGCAAAAACCUGUUGGAGGCUGAGGAAGAGGACAUCAUAUCAAGCUGUCUCCAGGAUCUGUCCUUGCGCAGUCUGUCGAAAGAGCCCAGCGUAUCGAGCAGUCAGAUGAUUCCCUGCUGCAGACGUCUGAUGGAGGAAAAAUCUCCUCAGAUGCAAGGCCUUCAUCUCUGCGUUUCACACUUUUAUUCUGUCAUGCAGGACGGCGAUCUGUGUAUACCCUGGGACUGGAAAGGCUGAAACAAACUGGAUCAGUUUGGAUUAAGUGUUACUGGUUUUCUACAAUAGUGUCGUAACCUGUGCCUCUCAGGCCAAUGUAGAGUUUUUGGAAACUGUAUAGGUGAUUAUUAAUGCACUUUGGUCCUAAAAUACUAGCACAUAUAUUUUUGUGCUUUAUAAACAAUGGUUCCCAGUGAAGUGAUGCUACAGGUUGGUACAAAAUGGGAAUUGUGCACUGCCAACCUUAUGUAUUAUGCAUAUAUGUAUGUAUGUUCAACAAAAACACUAUUGAUGCAAAGUCAUUUCUGUUUUAAAGUGUAAAACCAAUAAGCAUAUUUAUUGAAAAACAAGAAAAUAGGGUCCGUGUUUUCAUCGCAAUGUCUAAGGCAUUUGUAGAAAAAUGGCUACUAUUAAGGAUACUAAUGGGGUUUACCUUCGCCUUUACACGAUCACUAAUAAAACGCAUUUUUUAAAUCAUAUUCGUGGUAGAUUACCAUACAGUGUUGGAGCUUUUUAAUAUUGAACAUUAUUUGUUCGGUUCUAGUUUUCAAAGUGGUGCUGGAUUGGUACUAGUCUACAUAAAUAAAAGGUUUAUCAGGUUUUUAAUGGUCCAGCUGAAGUUCAAAAAGCAAGUAUUCAAAAAAGCAUUUUUAUCCUAGAUUGUAAUAAAAGGAUAUCAUUGUUGUGAUCUAUGGGUGUCUAAGGAUUCAGGAAUGGCAUAUGUUCUCUUCAGAUCUAGUAUACUGUAUUUACAUUAUCAAUCUUAAAUGCUUUUAGGUGAAGAUUGCAGUGUAUUUAUGUUGUUUUGCUGCUAAAUUAAAAGUUUAUGGGUGUCUGUCUGUAUGUUUAGUUUGAAUUAUUUGAUUUACAAAGUUUUUGUUAUGACAAAUAGUAUCAUGAUUUUUCCUUUGUAACAAUUAUGAGUAAAUGUAAUGUUGAAUUGCAUCAUGUAUAAAUAAACUAAUACUAUUUUA